AUGCCUUCAAUCGAUUCUAUCAAUCUUCAUCCCGACACUCAUCCCCCAUCUUCUCUAAAAUCCACGACGUACGAUGUCAUCUGUCUCGGUUCCGGAUGGGCAGGACGCAUAAUUGCUUCUCGCUGCGUCGCUGCAGGAUUAUCCGCGCUCAUCAUUGAAAAGGAGCUCGUCGGUGGAGACUGCCCUUAUUGGGCUUGCGUUCCUUCAAAGGCUCUUCUGCGUCCUGCUGAAGCCCUAGACGAUAGCCGGCAUGUGACGGGUGCUCGCGAGCGUCUCACGAACCCGGAACUCGGCGUUGAUGCGGAAGCAGUGUUUCGGCGCAGAGACACAUUCACCGCCGGGUGGGAUGAUACCAAGGUGCUUAUCCCCAUGGUCGAGAAGGCCGGCGUGCAUUUGGUCCGUGGCGUUGGCCGAGUCACCGGAGUGAAAAAGGUCAGCGUAACGCUGGGUACAGGGCCCCAGGAAAAGGAGGAGCUCGACCUAGAGGCGCGACAGGCCGUGGCAAUCUGCACCGGAUCUGAGCCCACCAUCCCCAACAUCCCAGGCCUCUCAGAAGCCAAGCCAUGGACACCGAGAGAAGCAGCUUGUUCAGGCAUUGCCCCCGAGACACUGUUCAUUAUCGGCGGUGGUGUUGUAGGCGCUGAAAUGGCGACUGCCUAUACGAAUCUGGGAUCGCAUGUGAUCCUAGCCAGUAGAAGUCCGGAGUUGCUUCCAAACAUGGACCCUGAGGCUGGCAAGAUUGUGAGGGAAAAGCUUGCAUCCCGCGGUGCUCAAAUCAUGACAUCAACAACAACCACAAAGGCAGAGCGGAAAACACCAGGCGGCCCAGUCAUCGUCACAUUUUCCUCGAGCGAUGGCGAACAGCAAGUGUCUGUUGCUGAAGUUUUGGCUGCUACCGGCCGCCGUGCCAUCACUCAGGGACUCGGUCUGGACCUCUUGGGCCUCGAUGCGAAGGCGCUUCAAGCAGGUGCUCCCAUUGCCGUAGAUGAAUCGCUCCUGAUCCGUAAUGUCCCAUCUAAUAGUGACAGCCCAUGGCUGUACGCCGCGGGAGAUGUCAAUGGUCGCGCCAUGCUCACGCACACUUCAAAGUACCACGGGCGUGUCGUCGCCAAUGCCAUAGUCGCCCGCGCCCAGGGCAAAUUCCCCGCCACCGCAUCCCAUCUCGACAAGUACAGUGCCUCAGCUGAUAACUUGGCUAUUCCGCAAGUCAUUUUUACGGACCCGCAGGUGGCUUCGGUUGGCUUGACACGUACCGCGGCCAAAAAGGCUGGAAAGUCCAUUCGCGUCGUCACGGCGCCGGUCCAAAGCUUGGGAGCGAGUCUACAUGCAGAGGGAUACGAAGCUGGUUGGGCACAGUGGGUGUUGGAAGAGAAUACUGGGGUCCUGCUUGGGGCGACGUUUGUUGGUUUCGAGGUCGGAGACUUAUUGCAUGCCUCGACAGUGGCAAUUGUCGGUGGGAUGCGGAUCGAUCAGAUCGUUCAUGCGAUCCCGUCAUUUCCUACCAUGAGUGAAGUCUAUUUGAAUUUGCUGGAUGCGGCAGGAAUGUAG